UCGAGGCAGUGAGACUGGACUAGAGCAUCACUGCUGCGGUGUUUUUCCUGCGUGCUGGAAGGAAAACGAUCCAGCUUUCAAAUUUUCCAUGCAAAGCUCCGGACAGGGAGAUAAAAAUUCCCCAGAGGAUGUGUGUAUAAGUGAGCUGUGGCGGUCAUCUGGGAGAGCCGGAUCUUCAGCAGAAUCAGGAGUGUGGAUUUUUUUUUUGCUCUUUGCGGAGAAGGACGAGGGAAAGUGGGAGGAAUAAAAAGCGGAGGUUAAGCACAGGUUGAGUUGGUGGAAGGAUGGAGCAGGACAGCAGCCCACGUGGGUCCACUUAAAGCUCUGGCCACUUAAGAGGAAGAUUGGAUUUUUGUCCUCUUUUAUGGAAUCUGACUGCAUGUCAAGUUUCGGUCGGGUUUAGAUGAGUGAGAGUGGUGCGGAUCACCUGUCUGUCUCACCUGUCUGUCUUACCUGUCUGUCUCACAUUAAGCUUUCAUUCAGCUCGUGUCCGUAUCACACCUGAGGGUCGGAUUAUAGCCGGAGCUCACCUGAGGCUCAGAUUUUGAGGAUUGUGAAGGUGAAGGUGGAGGUGGAGGAGAAGGUGGAGGAGGAUUCACCGAAGGAUUUAAAGGAGUAGAUUGUGUAUUUGUUUGAUAAGCGAGAGUAUUAAGAUAAGAUUUAAGAUAAGAUCUUCAUCUCAAGGUAAGAUUUUCGUCUCGCUCUAUGGAAUUAUGUAAACUUUGUGCCACACCCAGACACACCCACACCUCCACCCUUUUUCAUCUCCUGAAUUAAAACAAAACUGAACAAAAAAUCGAAAUUGUUCCUCAUUUUUUCUGAGCUCUUGAUUGGCACAGUGGGGAUCGUUUGGCCCUCGGGGGCCUCAGCGGCCUCCUCUAAUCUGAAGAUGCGGCGUUCGAGCACAGAUGAGACCCCGUACCGGCGCAGUCCGUCUCUGGACAGUAAGACCGGCUCGCCUCCGUUCUGUUUCGGGAGCGAGCGCGAGCGCCGUGGCGGUGCACCUUUCGGGUUCAGUUUCCGCACGGCGCCGGGGACAAAGACAGCCAAAGCGGGUUACGCCACAGCGCAGGGCAGGAAGUACGUGGUGUUUUACCUGGACCUCUCCUUCAUUUUCCUCCUAGAGCUGCGGCGCUGCAGGAUGGCUGAGGGCUGCAUGAGGGCCCUGCGUUACGCCAUGGUGUUCUUCAACCUGCUCUUCUGGCUGGGAGGAUGUGGGAUUCUGGGAGUAGGCGUCUGGUUGUCAGUCACCCAAGGAAACUUCGCUACUCUCUCCACCUCUCUGCCGUCUCUGUCUGCUGCCAAUCUUCUCAUUGCCGUGGGAACCAUCAUCAUGGUGAUCGGGUGUCUGGGCUGUGUCGGCGCCGUCAAGGAGAGCCGGCCCCUGCUUCUCAGCUUCUUUGUCCUGCUGCUCCUGAUUUUCCUGCUGGAGAUUCUGUUCAUCAUCCUCUUCUUCGCAUAUCAGGAUCAGAUUGACCGUUAUGCUCAGAGCGACCUGAAGAAAGGCCUGCAGCUGUUUGGCACUGAGGGAAACAUCGGCCUGACCAACGCCUGGAGUAUCGUCCAGACCGACUUUCGUUGCUGUGGCGUAACCAAUCACACCGACUGGUUCGAUGUCUACAACACCACCCGCGUCCCGGACUCCUGCUGCCUGGAAUACAGCGACAACUGCGGCCUGGAAAAUCCCGGAACGUGGUGGACCGCUCCGUGUUACGAGCGAGUGAAGAGCUGGCUCCAGGAGAACCUCGUAGCUCUGUGGAUUUUCGCUCUGUGCACAGCUCUAACUCAGAUCUUAGGGCUGGUGUUCUCCAUGACUAUCUUCUGCCAGGCCGUGAAAGUGGACACCUUCUACGCCUAGAGACCUGAAAUGGAUCUGAAGCAUUUUGUAGGACAAUUAUUUUUUUUCGUGAGAAACAGGAAACUUUCAUCACUUUUCUUCAUUUUUGUUUUCAUAUGUUGAUGUGACAUCAUCAUCAUGUUCUCCAGCCGGACGGUUCCUCUUUCUCCUUCCACGACUCCUCUCGCUAACACAGCGUUAAACAAACCAUCUCGUAAGAACAAAAUGACAAUGAAAUAUUAUAUUUUUUGUCCUUAUCUAACACAAGAAGUGCGUCCAGAAUUCAGAUAUGACUCCCAUCAAGGAGAAGAAAGACGACUGGUUCCGUUAUGUUUCGUUUUCCUGUUUGAAUCCGACCGUCCCAUCCAGAAAAAGCAGGAGGACAGAAGAUGAGACGUGACGUGACAUCAUGAGAGACGCUGGCGGAGUCGGAGAAGUCGUGCGUCACUCGCUGGAACGUGGCAGAAAGAAAUCGCAGGAAACGUUCUGGUGUGGAGGAGAAAUAAUAAGGAAGCUGCCCAGAGCUUCAGAGUGUAAAAUAAUAACCUGAGUCCUGAAGACAUUCCAGUGCUGAAGAUAUCUGCAGUUUAAACAAAUCAUAAGAAGAGAUUUCUCAAAAAAAACGUCGUUUUCUUGUCGUCUUCAUUACGUAACAAACGUGUGUGUAAAUAUACGUACUUCCUCUGGGAUCUUUCAGACACCGUACUUAUUAUAACGUAAAAAAUAUAAAUAAAGCUUUUAUAGAGAAA